AUGACUUUACUUCGACACUACGCGCGCCUGGUACUAGCAACGCUGGCGUCGGAGCCGCACCCGCCUCUGGCCCGCGACCAGUGGGACCACAUACUCACGGGGGCUACCGAGAUAUGCAUCUUGAUAGAGAAACAAGCAUGCAGCACUUCGUACGGUGGAUUUCUUCUGGCACUGAUCGAGUUGAUCGGGCUACAUUUGAUAGAAGAAGAGGAGGAGCCUUAUGACCUGCAACUUGUCGUGUGCCUGAUGCGCUGCAAGCCGCCGCCGUUCCUCGCUCUGAAGCUGUUAGAGUUGGCGGCGCUGCCGGCGCGCGCGGCAUGGCCGUGCCCGCGGCCCAGCGAAAUGAUGGAUGUCGACGACGAAACUAACUCAGACGUGUGCUGUUUGCCGGCGCUGCUGGGACAAGCGGAGGCGGCGCUGGCGGCGGCGGCGCGCCACCGAAGCGGGGCCCGCGCGCGCGCCGCGCUGCGACAGCUUAGCGAGCUGCUGGACCGCCCGCAGGCUCGGAGCUGCUCGUGCCUUGCGGCGCUGUGGCGCGCCUUCGCGCUGGCGCUGUGCUGCUGCGUGGAGCUGCUGCUGGCGGCGCCGGCGGCGGCUGAACGCCAGAGACUGGAGUCGGCGUGCCGCGGCGGGCUCGCACGGGCAGGCGCCGGCGCGUGGUCGGCCCGGCCUGCUGAGGGCCGCCUGGCGCACGCCGCCGCGCGUCUGCGCACCCGCUACCCAGACUGGCCAGAACAGACUGAACUACUAAAUGCGUUCCAAACUGCAGCUGAAGAAGUCGCCGCGCCUAGAAUAUCCCAGCCUAACAUCACAACAUUCUUUGAGACCAACUGAUGUACCUGAACAUGUAUUUAUAGCAUAAGUAAUAUAAUUUAUUUAUAGAUAGUCAUUAUAUUAAUAAACAAAAUAGGAAUGGGCCAGGCAAAAAAGAAGAUAUUUAUAUUAUACAGUGUGUCUGGUCACCAGUGUCCACUGUCCAACCAUUAGGUCGCAGUAAUAUGAUCAAUUUUAUCGACAAAUCUACUGGAAUAAAACAUUUUCUCCCUACUUUUAAAAAAUUGCAGGUAAUUGAUUUUUUUUGUUUUUCUGAGUCCAAGUGGAUUCAUUUAUUUAACAAUAUCUACCGAUGUACGGGGCCAAUAAGUUAAAAAGUGAAUUCGUUCGACAGCUAAAACAGUAGGCAAUAAGUAAACAUAAAAAAAUAUAUCAAAAGCUCCAUUAAGCUUUUGACAUGUAAAAAAAAAGAUUCUUUUUCUUAAGUUUUUAGAUGCACUAACGCCCGUAUUCACAAACGAUGCUUGCUUAAGUGAAGCAGCAAAUCGAACGCACAGCGUUGAAUAGAGCUCUGUGAUUGGUUCGUGUGUGACCCUGUGCGUCCACGCGCACUGUGAGACCUCAUAGUAAUGUUUGUGAAUACGGGCGUGAGUCAUUACCUAAAAACUGAUGUCAAUACCUUAGCUUUACUGCGAUUAUCCCAUUGCAUCGCGCUCCGCUGCAGUACGCGGGACGACAGAUUUAAUCAUUCCGUGCGCAAACUCGUUUUGUCAGUGUGUUGUGCCGCGCGUGUUUUCUAUACAAACUGAGGUACAUACUUGCAUAUUAUAAUGAUUAAAUCUGUCGUCCCGCGUACUGCGGCGGACUGCAGUGGGAUAAUCACCCAAGUCAAACGUUUUUUAUUUAUGUCAAUAGAUGUAUAUACAGGGUGUAUUAUAAAAAAAAGUGUAUUAUUUUGAGUGCACUAGUGUGAAGAAUACAAAAAAAAAACAAUAAAAUACUGUGAUACUAUUUGGAACUUUUAUUUUGUCUACAAUACAAGAAAAUUUAAUUAAACAUUAUCAUAUCACAAAUUACUUUGCAUUAUGUCGAAAGGAAUGUCAAAAA